ACUUUUGGAUGUCUUCAGUAUCAAUGAUUUUAAUUACGGAGCUUAUAUGAAUUAAAUGUCUGAUGGUCAGAAGUAACUAUCCCCAGCCAGAUGUAUAAAGAUUUCUGGAUGUGCAGAAGAACACAAAGACUGAAGAAGUCCUGAAGAUUGAUGGAGGGCCAUGCAAUUCAAACAGCAGGCGUUGCUGAGACAGAAGCUCUUAGUGUUAGGCAGCCUUGCUGUUGGAAGUCUCUUAUACUUAGUUGCCAGAGUUGGGAGCUUGGAUAGAUUACCUCCUAUUUGUCCGAUCGAAGGCCGGUUCGGACCACAUGGCCAAGAUGCAAUGACUCUCCGAGCUAUGCAGUUAAAGAGAGGACUGCUGCAUGAACUCCGUAAAGGCAAUGCCAGCAAAGAGCAGAUCCUCCUACAUAAUUUGGUUCAGCAGCUACCAAAGGCCAUUAUUAUUGGUGUAAGAAAAGGAGGAACUCGAGCACUUUUGGAGAUGUUAAAUUUACAUCCAGCUGUGGUCAAAGCUUCCCAAGAAAUCCACUUUUUUGAUAAUGAUGAGAACUACGCAAAAGGCAUUGAAUGGUAUCGAAAAAAGAUGCCUUUCUCCCACCCGCACCAAAUCACUAUUGAGAAAAGCCCUGCGUAUUUCAUCACAGAUGAAGUCCCUGAAAGGAUUUACAAAAUGAACUCAUCGAUAAAAUUGCUCGUCAUUGUUAGGGAGCCUACCACAAGAGCUAUUUCUGACUACACACAGGUUUUAGAAGGAAAGGAAAGGAAGAAUAAAACUUACUACAAAUUUGAAAAGAUGGCCAUGGAUCCAAACACGUGUGAAGUGAACACCAAGUACAAGGCUGUGAGGACCAGUAUCUACACCAAGCACUUGGAGAGGUGGCUAAAGUACUUUCCCAUAGAGCAGUUUCACAUUGUUGAUGGGGACCGUCUAAUAACGGAACCACUGCCAGAACUGCAACUGGUGGAAAAGUUUCUAAACCUACCACCCAGGAUUAGUCAAUACAACUUGUACUUCAAUGCCACUCGAGGGUUUUACUGCCUGCGGUUUAAUAUUGUUUUUAACAAGUGCCUGGCAGGAAGUAAGGGACGCAUUCAUCCUGAGGUCGAUCCCUCUGUUAUAACCAAAUUGCGCAAGUUCUUUCAUCCUUUCAAUCAGAAGUUUUACCAGAUCACUGGGAGGACAUUUAACUGGCCCUAAAUAGCUAUUGUCUACAACACUGUGUGUUGCACAAUGCUUUCAGUAAAGCCUUUAGUAGGACAAUGAUGCACUUUUCAUGGGCACCUUGAAAAUGGUUUGUGUUUUUGUUUUCAUUUCUUGAAAAAUACAUGUAUUAUGUGUAUGUGACCAAAUAAAGAGAAUUGGUAAGGAAAUGGAUAUACCCAACAGAAGAAGACAGGAUCUUUACUCGAAAGAUGUCUUUUCCUUAGAUGGAAUGACAAUUGGGUAGCCAUAUAAAAUAAGCAUAACUCUGUACUUAAUAACAUCAUUUUGAAAUAUAGGGAAAUAAAAAAAAAUAACAAGUGUAAUGAGAAUUUGGCGUGAAAAAUGCUAUAAAAUGAAUAUCAUUACUUUUUCCAUUAUAUAAGCAUUCUGUUAGAAUAAUCUUUAUGAUAUUCAAGUAAGAGAAGCUUUAUGUCAUAAAAUCCUAAAAGCAGGGUUGUGAAACCCUGUCCUCGAGGGCUGAAAACACUGCAUGUUUUCAGAACGAUACAUACAUUGCACACACCGUGCACAUUGUUUAAUUACAUGUUAUUCGGAGAAACCCUAAAACUCGGGCACAUAUUCAUAGUAUAUUCCUGUUUUCUUUUUCGCUAACAUAAUUUAUACAAGAAAACAGAACCUUAUCAUACUAUGUGAAAAAAAUAAGAUGCAGAUCCUUACCGGUGUCAUUAUUUUAAUUUACUCCUAAACUGCUGUUGCAGGAAAAAUGUAAUAACACUAUUUUCACGUUAUUUAGAAAUGCUUAUCUUUUUUCCAGUUAUAUUGUUCCAAAGUCUCCGUGGUGAAUUUGCACUAUUCUUUUUUUGUACAGUUAUAUGUCCACCUGUAGCAUGUUGACAAUAGCAUAAAAAAAAAAAAACGUACUAAUCAUUUCUCCCUACAGCGUGUACGUCUGUCAGAAGGAACAUUUAUGUAAAUAAUGUAUAUUUUAUUGUACAUACUGGUUUCACAUUAAGUAACUAUAUUUUGUAAAACUGAGUAUGGCUCCUUAAAUUAUUGUGAGAGGUUUUAUUGUGGUAUUCAAAAUGGAAUGGAUUAAAAUCACUAUAUGUAGCUCUUUA